AUGAAUUUAUAAUUAUUAGACACACUUGAAUUAGGUAACAAGAGGAAUUAAGCAAGAUUGCUUGAAUAGAUUCAUGAGUUAUCAAUACAAUAAAAAAAGAAACUCUUAAUCAAUAUACUAAAAUGUUCGAUUUAAGAGAGAAAAUAAGAAAUUCUAUAAUUAAUGAGAAUACUUAUGUAGAAUUUCGAUAUUUUCUAAUAAUUUCAGACUGACCAAAAUGAUUUCGAAGCUUAUGAUUAUUGUUUACGUCAUAUUUAAUAUGACACUUUUGAUAAAGUAAAUUGACAUAUUAACAGAUUUCAGAAUGCUGUGAUAUACGAAAUAGGUGAAUAAGCUAAUAAUGUUUAUAUGGUAAUAUCAGGCUAAGUUUCUCUGUAUAUAUAAGAUGAUAUAUUCAACUCAAAUAAAUCAAGGUAAUAAUCUUUUAGUGUUAAUAAUGAUAAUAGGACACAGUAUAUAUAAAAGUUGAAAUAUUCAGAUCACAUUAUAUAAAAGUAUGAUUAAAUCAUAAGUAUAAAUAGUUUAGUUCGUUUGAGUGAAAUUAAGGAAUGGAAAGUUUUUGGAGAAUAAUUAGAUAAGAAAAGAAUGAAUAUAGCUAUUUGUGAUAUAGAUUGUUCAAUAGGAAUUCUAAGUAAAGAAUCAUUUUAAAUUGCAAUAUCAAUUAUGUAAAAAAAAUAGGAAUAAAAAAGAAUGAAGAAUUUUAAAUUAAAUCCUAGUUUUUAGGGAUUAAAUUAAAGAUUAUUAAAUUUGAUGUUGUUUUCUUUUUCAACUUAAGAUUAUAAAUUUAGAGAUGUUAUUUACAAAAAAGGUUAAUUAGAUUCUGAUAUUAUUUACAUAAUUAAAUAAGGAGAAUUUGUAGUUUAUCAAUAAAAAUAUAAUGUGAGAAAAUAAAUAGCAAUUAUGACAGAAGGAGAAUUUUUUGGUGAUUAUGAGGCUUUUGAAAAAAUACCUCGUUAAUUUAAUGUUUCAUGUCAUUCUCAUCUUGGUAAUUUAAUUGUCAUACCAAUCUAAAUAUUAUAUUCAAAAUUAUCAUAAUAUAAUGAAUAACAUUAUUUAUAGUAAUUAAAGAAAUUAUGUAUUAAAAAAAAUAAAUUGUAUAAACAAUUUGAAAACAAUAUUGAAUAAACUUAAGGAAUCUAUUAAAGAUAUUUAACUGUUUCAGAUUUAAAAAAUGGAAUAAAAAAUGAUUCAGCUAUUAAAAUUGAUCCAAUUUAAAAUAUUCCUGAUAUUCAAUCAUAAAUAAGUCCAAUAAGAGAAUUAAAAAAUACAUUGAGUUAUUUAACAUCAAUUGAAGAUUCAUAAAUAAGUAAUAAUUAGAUGAAUAAUAAUAAUAAUAAUAAUAAUAAUAAUAAUAAUAAUAAUAAUAAUAAUAAUAAUAAUAAUAAUAAUAAUAAUAAUAAUAAUAAUAAUAAUAAUAAUAAUAAUAAUAAUAAGAAUAAUAAAUUAUUAACUGAUAAUGAAAUUAAUUAAAAAAGAAAAACUAAAAAUAAAAACUUUGUUUAUAUUGCAUCUCCUGAUAAAUUAUAACCACUACCAAAAAUAUAAUUAGUUUCUAGUAAACAAUAAGAUAGAAGUCUAUUAUCAACACCUGAUAGAUUCAAUAAAGUAAUUCAAAAUAAAAUGAAUGUUUUGAAAAGAAUAAAUAAUCUAUCUCCUUAAGACUCUAUCAAUUUAAAUACACUUCAUUAAAAAACCUAUUAUGUACAAUUACCAAAAUAAAUAAAAUUAGAGUAACAUCUUGAUAAAGAAUGGCCAAUAAAAGCAACAUUAUAUUUAAAUGAUUUAGAUGAUAGAAUUCGUUAUUAGAAUAAUUAAUCAAGUUAAAAUAGCAAUAGUAAUCGAAUUUCCAAUUAAUUACCUGAAUAAUUAAGUUCCAGAAAUGAAUAUAGUGAAUAAAAUUCGUAAAGGAAUUCUAGAAUUGAGAUUUUAAAUAACAUUCUAUAGUAUAAAACUCCAAAAUAAUAAAAUAAUAAAAAAAGAAGAGCAUUAACUCUUAAAUAUAGGGAAUAUAUAGAAUCUUAAUUUUAAUAAAGAACUGAACGAUCUUUAUUAUUUUGUUGA